UUUUGACCCUCGCAUCAUUUCGCCUCCCAAUUCGAUGCUAUCCUUUGCUUGAAUUGCCAUGCCAUGCCAGCGGCAGCUGCCAAGGGGACGAAGGUCUACGCCUUCCUGACAUUUCACGUGAGGACGGGGCGCCUCGCGGCCUUCUGCGACGCCUGCGCCGAGCUCCUCAGCGCCUCUGCCAAUGACGCGGGAAAGCUGAGGAUCGCUUUGCAUCGAGAGCUGCCGUGGGCCCGCUCCAUCUCCAACGAGGAGUUCAUCCUUUUCAUGAUGGAGCAGACCUGGGCCUCCGGCACUCACUUGGAAGAGCAUACAUGCUCUCCACACGCUGUGCGCUUCAAUGAAGCCAUCCUGAAGCAGAGGAUGCUGGUCACUGAGCCCAGCGUGAGCAUCUUCGGGGAGCCCCUGAGCAGCACCCAGCUGGCGGAGCUGGGCGCGGAGGCCUCCGCACAAGAAGCCGCGGAGGCUACGCUACAUGGCGAAGAGGUGUGAUUUGCAUUGUGAGUUGUGAGCUGGUAGCUGCAAACUAGCUAAUACCAAGACAAUAUACUCUAGGCAAUAUAAAACGACGUCACCGACGUCACCUGAAAUUAACGAGCAAGCUGAAAUUAAGGUAUAUGGUCAUACUAACAUCACACACACACACGCAAAACACACACACACACACACUUCAUCGACUUCACAGUCCUGGCAGAGAUUUUGGAGGCGCGGGCGGGCGUGGGCACUGGAUCUAGGACUGGAUUUGCAUGGGGAAGAGGAUGUCAGUCAGUUGGAGUUUUGCUUGAGUUUUCGGGCUCGAGUUUGCAAAAAAAAUAAGAAGUCAUGCCUCACCUGCUCACUCUCCACACCACUAAAAAACACUGCCCAAUUUCGAGGUCGGGAAGUUUUGAAGUUCUUUUAGUUGUGCCCCCCAUGAAGCGGCCCUCCAGCCAUGAUGAGUGCCCAACAACACCUACGGACCGCGUUCGGCCAAGCGUGUUCCCUAGCCCCAAAGCCUCUCAGAGACGGACCAUUCAGCCAGAUCUUGUGGACGGAAAAGAUCCUUGGAACUUGAAGUAGUGAUGGUUUGGUUGUUUUCCCUUUCACACCCAACCUGACUGGUUCUUUCCUGGCCAAAUCGUUUUUGGGCCUAGUUCGCCGAACUAGGAUUUGAGGCCUGGCGGCCUUGAAAGUGGAUUGUUGGGGCUUUAUCAGGUUGUAGCUCGGCAAACUACGCUGGGAAAAAUUGGUUUUGGCUAGCUUUCCUUUGCGUGUUGUCAAAUUUGCAUGUACUAGCC